AGAAAAAUCCCCUGGUGUUUAUGGAUGUGUCCAUAGAUGGGGAUCCUGUUGAAAGGAUGGUUUUUGAGCUCUUUUAUGAUGUAGCUCCGAAGACUGCUGAGAAUUUUCGUGCACUAUGUACAGGAGAAAGGGGAGUCAGUCAAAAUUCUGGAAAAUCACUGCACUACAAGGGUUCUUUCUUCCAUCACAUUGUAAAAGGCUCCAUUGUGCGGGAUACAGGGCUGAUGGUCACGACUGCUUUUCUUGUGAUAUAGUUUUAAGGGUGGUGAUUUUGUCAAUCGAAAUGUUGUCCGAGUUGCAAGCCUUGUUCCAUUUUCAUGUUUCGUGUGACAAUGGGACUGGUGGAGAAAGCAUAUAUGGUUCCAAGUUCCCAGAUGAGUCACCUAGGCUGAAGCAUGAUGCUCCAGGCCUUCUAUCCAUGGCAAUUACUGAUCGUGACACUCUUGGUUCUCAUUUUAUCAUCACUUUGAAAGCUGAUCACCAUCUUGAUAGGAAGCAUGUAGUCUUUGGCAAGCUUGUGCAAGGUCAUAAUAUAUUGAAGAAAAUUGAAGAUGUGGGUGAUGAAGAAGGACAUCCAACUGUAACUGUGAAAAUAAUUAAUUGUGGUGAAUAUAAUGAGGAUGGAAAGAAGAUAAAUAAAUUAAAACUAGGAAGGGAUGGAUCUUCUGAAGCCCAUAAUCAUGAAGCACGACAGAAGGUGAAGCACAAAAAAUCUUCAGGAGACAGAAGGAAAAGGAGAAAAUACUACUCAUCAGAAUCGAAUAGUACUUCAGAUUCAGACAUGGAAUCUUCAAAAAGUGAUAGUGAUUCUGACUCGGAUGUGUCUUCAUCAUCUUAUACCAGUUCCUCCAGCGACGGCAGGCAGAGGAAGAGAAAGAGGUCCAGGAAAGAUAAACAUCGACAAGGAAAAAGAAGAGAUAAACACCGAGACAAGAGACGAAGGAAACGAGAUAAAAGAUCAAAGCAUAGAUCAAGAAGGGAAUCGAGCAGUCUUACUGAUUCAGAUAGUGAAAGUAAGAGUGACAAUAGCUCUGAUAGCAAAAGUCUUGAUGCUCAAGGGAGAAAUCAGAAGCAUAAAGAUCAUUCUCAGAGAAAUGCAGCUGAAGUUCAGUCUCCCUUAGUUGUAGAGAAAGAAUUACCUCCCAUGCAUCUUAAAAAGAGGGAGGAAGUGGGUAUGCUAGAGGAGGAAUUCUCAAAGGAAAAUGGAGAGCAGCAUAGAAAUGGCAUUGGGGCCAACCACAGAUCUGACAGAGGUGAAGAGAGGCAGCCUGACGUGAUGGAUGAUCAUCCAGGCAAAUCUAGGAGCCGAAGCAUGAGUCCUAAGCAAACCAUGAGUAAGAAUAUAUGUACUAGUCCAAAGAGUGAGAGCAAAAGCCCAAGCGUUAGUCCAAAAAGGAGAUUGAGCAGAAGUCCUGUUAGAAGCAUUAGCAGGAGUCCAAACAGCAGAAGCCCAGUGAGGGGCCGGAAGGAGAGAAGUAUCAGUAGGAGCCCUGUUAGAACUCGUGAUCAUGAAAGUGUAAGUAGAAGCCCCGUUAGAUCUCGCGAUCGUAGAAAUUUCCGCGAGAGCCCUGUAAGAUCCCUUUCUCGGAGUCGCCGGAGCUGGAAUUCUCCCAAAGCAUCAUCACGAAGAACGGUCAGCAGAAGCCCUGUAGGAGUGUCAAGAAAGAGCCUAAGCAGGAGUCCAAUUAGAUCAUCUGCCAGAAGCUUAAGCAGAAGCUCCGGCAGGGUCCCUUUGAGAAGCAUUAGCCAAAGUCCAGUUAGAGUGCUUAGCAGAGGCAAUCGCCAGAGUUAUUCUAGGAGUCGUAGCCCUGUCCGUCGGGAAAGGACACCUCAUGGGAGAAGUUUGUCAAGGAGCGUGUCUCCUGAUGCUUCACCAAAACGUAUCAGAAGGGGAAGAGGUUUCAGUGAACGAUACUCUUAUGCUAGAAGGUAUAGAACGCCCUCUCGGUCUCCCGCGAGGUCAUACCGCUAUAAUGGAAGAAGUGACCGCUAUAAUGGAAGAAGUGACCGUGACAGAUAUUCAGGUUACAGAAGGUACUCCCCUAGGCGUUAUAGGGGCCCACAGCCACGUGGAAGAACUCCACCAAGGUACCGAACCAGGAGGAGCAGGACGCCAUCUGUAUCACGUAGCCCACGUUACCGAGCUCGACGAUAUAGCCGAAGCCGUAGCCCAGUUCGUAGUCAUUCACCGGUUGAUCCUCGUUCUCGGGCCUCUCCUCGUGCAGAGAGGCACAUAGCAUCAUCCCAGAGCAGGAGUCCAUCACGAUCCAGGUCUUCAGUGGAAUCACAAUCUCCACGAAAAGCAAGCAGAGGCAACAUGUCAAGGUCAUCGUCUGGAAGCCCAGCUGGAAAGAAAGGCCUAGUCUCUUAUGGAGAUGGUUCUCCCGACUCAAGCCAAAGGUGAAAUGCUAGGUCAGGAAUUUCUAGUGAAACCGUCACUUUUAAUGAGCUGGAGGCUUCUAUUUUUAAACUUCACCUUUUGCUUUGCUUGCUGGAAUUCGUCAAUGUUACAUGUUUCCUUUAUAAACCAAGGUUUUAGGUCCUUUUUUUUUUCCUUUCGUUUGUUUAAUUGAAAUGUCAUGUUUAAAGACGAUUACUAGAAUAAGUUAAAGACGACUAUACAUGUCAGACUAGAGUGCAGUUUUAGUUGUGUAUCUGAGACAGGUCGGAUGUGGUAUUACAUUUGAGUUGAAUUUAUGUAGAAUUUUGACCUAUACGUUUUGCGGGUUAAUCUAAUGUAGGUGUGAAACUCUUGAUUUGUAUUUUAAUAUA